AGCACAGCAGCGGACUGCGGAGGGCGUGGAGGGAAAGUGCGACCAAUAUGGCUGUCGAGGUUUUCGUUGGUAUUGGAUAGGGAUUUAAAAUUCAACAUUUCCGGUGCAUAUUAGAGAGUGAAUUUCAGGCAAGAAAGUUCAAGCUUUGCAGCCGGUGAACCAAGUAUAUUAAAAUGGAGUCGUUUCUCGGAUUGUUCGAUCCUGGAGAAGGAAAGGAAAAGGGCAAGGAAACCUGGGAUCGUUUUGAGCAAGAGGGCAAUGGGUCAUCCGAUUGUGAGAGUUCCAGCAAUGACGAGGAUCAGGAACACGUCGCAUCUGAUGUCGAACAAAGACUUCCCCCUGAACCAGAACAAGGAAACAUUGAGUAUAAAUUGAAGCUUGUGAACCCCUCAAGCCAGAGGUUUGAACAUCUGGUUACCCAAAUGAAAUGGAGACUUCGCGAAGGGCACGGGGAAGCAAUUUAUCAAAUUGGAGUCGAAGACAAUGGCAGACUGGCAGGUCUGUCAAGGGAGGAAAUGAAGGCUUCACUGAAAACCUUAAGGGAAAUGGCAGCCAGACUAGGUGCGACUACAGAUGUACUUCGAGAGAAACUCACCAACAACAAUGUUCACUGCAAUGAGAAAGAACAGAAUAGAAACACCCCAAAAAAUCAAUCCGAAAAUAAACGAGUGGCCGAAGUUUUAGUAAGGAAGCUACGAAAAGAUGAUAGGGAGGAUCAAGAAACCGUCGUCGAAUUGAGACUAGCUGUAACAGGAGGACAAGAUGCUGGAAAAUCAACGCUGCUAGGAGUGCUGACACAAGGUGAGCUGGACAAUGGAAGGGGAAGAGCACGGUUAAAUAUGUUUCGCCAUCUGCACGAAAUUAGAACAGGACGUACUUCAUCGAUAUCCCACGAGAUAAUUGGUUUUGAUAGCGAAGGUCACGUGCUCAACUAUGCGGAGAUGAACACUGCCGAAGAGAUCUGUGAACAGGCUUCCAAAGUUGUAACAUUCAUCGAUUUGGCUGGUCAUCGUAAAUAUUUGAGAACAACACUGCUGGGACUUACAGGCUAUUGUCCACAUCAUGUGAUGCUGGUUAUAGCACCUCCAAUGAAUGAGGCUUUCCAAGAGCAUCUGGCUUUGUGCCUUGCUUUGAGACUACCAUUUUUUGUUGUUAUAACCAAAACUGACCUUGGCCUCUGUGACGCCCGGGAUGCCUUAGCUCAACUAGAGAGUACUGUGAGAGCUCAUGGCUGUUCUAAACAACCAAUUCUGUAUUCUGUUCCUGAUGGUAACAGCAAUGCGCGUCAAAGCUAUAAUUUGGAAACAAUUCCUGUAUUUCCUGUGAGUUGUGUGACGGGGGAAGGCCUGAAGGAACUCACCUCGUUCAUCAGAGAUUUGCUGCCUUCCGAAUCCACUCCACCAGAUUCAGAUCCCGAAUCGUGUUUGUUUCAAAUUGACGAAACAUUUAGGGUGGUGGGACUGAAUGAGCCAGUUCUAGGUGGCUUGCUGGUAAGGGGUAUCAUUGCACCUGGGACUCGCUUGUUGGUCGGACCAUUGCCAGAUGGCGAAUUUAGUCCAGUCAAAGUAGCUAGCUUGCAUAGAAACAAAGCCCCUUGUUGUUUAGUUCGAGCAUCGCAGAGUGCAAGUCUGACUAUUGCACCGCCAACUGCCAGGGACCCACCAUUGCCCCACCUACGACCCGGAAUGGUUCUUGUCUCACCUCGAGAUCAUCCGUGUGCGACAUUUUUCUUCCAGGCCACCGUUCUGGUUGUCUACCAUGCAACAGCGAUAUAUCCCGGAUUUCAAGCAACCGUACACGUCGGGAACGUGCGUCAAACGUGCGCAAUAGAAGGAAUAAUGGAUCUGAAAGAAGAGGGACUACAGACUAAUGAUACUGCAUCAGUUCUGUUCAGAUUUGUUGGCCAUCCGGAAUAUCUCCACGUCGGAAUGCGACUACUGUUUAGGGAGGGCCGCACGAAAGGCAUUGGCCAAAUCACUCAAAUAUUCCCACUCAUUGGAUCUCAGAAUAGUCCGCAAUAAAUCAAGUACAUUAUCAUUUUUACCGUGUGUUUAAGAAAGGUACAAGUAUAAUUAACCGUCAACAUGUUUACGAAAAUAUGUAGCAAACUGUGACAAGCAGAUGGAGUAGAACCAAAAGUAUUCUACUAAAUCGAAUGUUUUUCGCGGUAAAACAAUCAAAUUUUCAUUAAAACAAUGCAACCUCGCUUGGCAGAAAUAAAAGUGACAUAAAUUUUUUCAAUUUUCGAAAAUGGUUUCACAAAGUUACAUUAUUUUUACGGACAAUCGAGUAGACAGUUGAUACGUACAAAUUUCUGAAGAUUGGAUCGCCACUGUUUACUGCAUUGUUUGGAGAGAAAGAAUACCGUAUUUUUGUUGAUUUUGAGUGAGGUUCUACGAUUGUUUUUCUUAGUAAAUGAGAUAAUUAUUUUGAAAACCAGGCAAAGAUGUUUCUAGUUCGGGUUCUAAAUUGCUAUGUUUAAUAUUUAUUUAUCACCUCGUAGGUAAACUUUUACCGCACUGGGUAAUAAGUCAGCGCGUGAUCGGUCCAUUUGACCAUCCUUAUAACUUGCUGAUCAAGCUAUGAUGUGUAAGAAAUAUUUGUAAUAACGCUAUAAUUCUUCUAAGGAAAUUUCAAUCUAAAUUAUUUGAAUAGCUGAGCCAAAAGGCAAGGCUGGAAGGCUGAUGAGUGACAAUUGGCCGCACUUAUAGCUGUGUUUGUAUAUAUAAUAGUUAUAUCGUAAUUACAGAACACUCUGUAUUACUAGUGAAUAUUACAUUUUUAAUGUCGAGUGUUAGAUAAGUGUAUCUCUUUCGUCUUUUCUUUUUCAGAUAGAACAUCUUGAGCUUGCGUUCAAGUAUAAUCCUUUGUACUCUGAUCUUCUUAUAUGAUAGUUUCGCGUUGUCUGCAAAUUGAAAUAGUGAUUGCCUGAAAAAAUAUAUAUAUUUUUAAUCAAAAAAGUAUAAACAACGUGAACAAAACAAUUUAUUUUCCCUACCCCGUGUAAAUUGCGGAUGGAAACUGCAUUGAACGAAAAAAAUUUUAAUACAUGUUUUAUUAACGACGUAAAAAAUUAAACGCAACUACAUAUUCAAUAACAUGAAAGUGCUAGUUUGGUUUAUAAAAUACUGCGGCUCUGUAAGAGGUCGUAGGGGAAUAGUUAAGCAAAAUAUAGUUUUAACAAUCCGUGUUGCUAUUCUAUUAUUACGUAAAAAUUGAGCACCAUUCUGUUGUCCGUUUAAGCAAACAUCCUUUUUUGACAUCAACGCCAAAAACUAUACACACCUAUAUCGUAUGUAUACAUAUGUACAAAAUAGAAUAAUAUCACUGUGCAUUUCUGCACGUCUGAGAUGGAGUUCAAUAAACUCAGGAUAGAAACACCA